AAUCCUCUUUUUACUUUCUGCAGCUCCAGUCAAAGAUGUUGAAGAUCCUCUUCUUGGUGUCCUUGGAGCUGCUGGCUGCUUCCCACAUCCAGUCUGUAAAGAGUUCCUCUUCGGGUGGUUCUGAUGCUGGUGUUCAGAAGACCUGUGCCCGCCUCUUCCACCCGGAGACUGGGGAGCAGCUGGAGCUGCCGUCCCUCCCAGAGAAGAAGAAGAAGCUGCUGGGGGGAGCUGCUGCUGGGAGUGAAGGAGCCUUCAGCUUCAGCUCCUUCACUGUGAUGGACGGGUGUCUGCUCUCUCUGUGGGUUGCAGGUUCCCAAGAAUGGGGCCUGGAGUCUCGCUCCUUCCCGAGUGGGGCUUACCUCAACCAGCUGCCUGGUGCUGGGGUCUCCCUGACCAGCUACCAGUGCACCUGCGACCAGGAGAACAAAGUCAUGGCCAUCUUCAGGGACUUCAAAAAGAGGCACAUUGCAGGUGUAAAGGAAAAUGGUGAAGGUAAAUUCUGCACUAACAAAAUACGUGAAAGACAUAUAAAUACAAAAGGACCAUGCAAAGAAUGUAACACUUUUAUAUUCGCUCCUGAUAAGAGGAUAAUGCAAGUGUGUAGAAAUGAAGGUGUCAAGAUUUCAAACACAAAUAUGUAUAAGAGUAAGAAACAAUUCAGAAUUGUGGAUUGUAUAAGUAAGAAAAAAAACCAUAGCUCCCCAAACUGUAUCUACAAACCCAGCAAAACAAACCACUUGAUGUAUAUCAUUGUAGCCUGUGAUAACAACAAGCUGCCUGUACAUUUUAAUGGAUCAGACUCCAGCCCUCCUCCAUUUGGAAUUACUGAAAGAAUUUAAACUCUAGUGUGAAGAACCAGCUCUCUCCGCACUUAGGAAACCAAGACAAGCAACCUGCUGUUAAUUUCCUCUUGUGUGGCAGGAAACUAACAGGAAAGGGCAACAUUUAGAAAGAGAAACACAAGAUUAAAGGGGAACUCUAGUUGUUUUUGUGUGUGUGUGUCUGUGUGUGUGUGUUACAUGUUCCCAUAUGUUGCUGCAACUGUUUUGACACCCUGACCACUUUUUUUCACAAUUAAAUCGCAGUCUUUCCAAGAUGGCUUCACCUGUACCUUUGAGAAGAACUUUAGAACUACAUUUCACAUCAUCCUCUUGCUCACAUAUGUAUGAUUGGAGGGGGUGGGGAGAGAUGGGAAAUGUAGUUUUGAUAGAAUGUGCAGUCAUCUUGGAAACAGCACAAUGCAAUUUAAUAGUGUCAAAAAAAGUUGUCAGGAUGUGAAAAAAUAAAAACGAUACACACUUUACUUAAAGAGUUGUAGCAACACAGCAGAACAUGCAAAACAAGUUGAGUUCCCCUUUAAAGCACUCCACAAUACAAGUUGCUAUUGAAGCUCAUACAGGUAUACAGUUAGUUGUAGGGGGAGACCCCUGGCGCGUGGGAUUUACCCCCAGACUAUUUCUUUCUGUUUCGUCCCAGCUUUGUGUUACGUCCGUGACUGAUGUUUUAUGUGGACCUUGUUUUUUAUGUUUUUAUUUUUUUCUCCGAGCCAGUGACCGACAGGAGGGGGUUGCCUUAGUGUGCUGUGGAUUUUUGAUUUUUUUCUGUUCUGUUUUUUGCAUUCCCUAGUGUUGAUUUUAGUCUAGCGAUCUCUUUUUAUACCGUGUUUUUAGUACCCUGAACGGGAGAGUAUAAUUAUCAUGCGGUUACUAAGGCCCUUGUCUUAUUAAAAACAAAGUGGCGUAGUCGUCAGCUACAUAGGUAUUAUCGUCAAGGUUAUCUCAGGUCACCCACCUGUGACAUCAACAGUGCUACGUUUCCAAGAUGCUUUCAAACGUACCCUUCAGAAGAACUUCAGAACUACCCUUCAGAACUACAUUUCCACUUA